CCACUGAAAUUGAUAAAUGUGAAGAUUCAUUUUGUUGAGAGAAAAAAAAAAGAUAGACGAUGAUGAAGAUGACGAUGGCUUCCUCUGCCAAACCAUAUUCACCUCUUCUCAUCAAAUCCAUGGCUUCCAAAACUGUCACCUCUAAAAAAGGCACGGUGGCGUCGAAGCCGAAGCUGCUGACGCGGGUCGAGCAGCUGCGCCUCCUGAGCAAGGCGGAGAGGGCGGGGCUGCUCUCGGCGGCCGAGAAGUCGGGGCUGUCGCUGUCGGCGAUCGAGAGGCUCGGCCUCCUCUCGAAGGCGGAGGGGCUCGGGGUGCUCUCGGCCGCCACGGACCCCGGGACCGCAACGGGACUGCUCAACCUGAGCCUGUUGUUGUUGGCAUCGGGACCUGCGUUCGUGUUCCUCGUGCCGGAGGACUACCCGUGGGAGAUCGGCCUUCAGGUUGCGGUUGCUCUUGUAUCUAUAGUUGGUGGCUCUGCUGCUUUUGCUGCAUCAAAUCUUGUAUCCACUUUGCAGAAAUGAGAAAUCUAGUUGAGAUUCAA